AAAGUGCAUUCUAGUUUGGACAUGACUUUCAGCAUCUCUUCCAUAUUGCAUCUCAGUUUAAUUGCUAUUGACAGGUACUGGGCCAUUUGUGACCCUCUGAGGUACAAAAUGAGGGUCACAAACAACACUGUGACUGUAUUUAUUACCUUCACAUGGCUGUUUUCAUUUGUGUACAGCUUUUCUGUUGUGUUUACGGGGGUAAACAAUGUUGGUUUGGAGGAACUUAUAUUACAGAUUUCUUGUUUUGGUGGCUGUGUUUUGUUUUUUAACAAAGAAUGGGGCUUAAUUUGUGCACUUUUUGUGUUUCUGAUUCCAGGAACUAUCAUGAGCUCUCUAUACAUGAGCAUCUUCAAUGUUGUGAAAAAACAUGCAAAAGUCCUGUCAGAGAAAGUGUCUGUUGGCCCCACUGUAGGCGGUAAUUGCCAAACAUCUUCACAGAGAGAGAGGAAAGCAGCUAAAACUCUGGCCAUUGUCAUGGGUGUUUUUUAUCUCUGCUGGCUUCCUUUUUUUACUGCCACUGCUAUUGACCCUUUCCUUAAUUUUGUGACUCCUGUUGAUGUUUUUGAUGCUUUGGUUUGGUUUGGAUAUUUUAACUCCACUUGUAACCCCUUGAUCUAUGGCUUUUUCUAUCCCCGCUUUCAGAAGGCCUUUAAGAUUCUCAUAUCCACUUAUAUCUGUGGCAUCAGUGAGUCACACACCUUGACAUUUGAAUGA